CGAAGCUGUGAAGAUGAGUAAGCUGAAAUAUAUUUGUACCGUCUUGAGCCUGUUUCUUUUCAUUCUUAGGGCCAGCGCUGUGUGUAUUAUUCAUCCGGACUUGUUGGAAAAGCAUAAUAUUUAUUUAAGAAACGUGAAUGGGAUCUUCGACAUUCAGGGCAGUGAUAUUGUAGAAACCGACCAACGGGUGUAUUUGUUUUGUUAUGGGAAAAAUCUGGAGGAGUUUGUAUGCCAAUCCAAUACCAAUUUCAAUCGGCCAUUAGAGGAUUAUAACUGUACAUCGGGGUUCCCGCCUUCUGUUGUAGUGCAAAAUCACCCCUCUUGUCCCGCUCCCUAUAAGUUAUAUGCCGUCGGCUACCACUACAAUGGACACUUUAUGGAGCUGUAUCAAAACUGUUACGAUGUCGGAAAACUAGCAUUUAAACAUUCCUCCUAUAUGACUUACCGUUACACAAAUAACUCUGAACGUCCGACUCCUUCUUGGGCAACGGAUGACUUAGCUAAUUUUAUUACCGCUUACGAGGGAAGAGCUACUCAAGCUUGUUUUCUCACUAAUCUGGGUGCAAAGCAACCGGGUUGCAAGUUUGAUCGUGGCCAUAUGACACCAGCUUCUGCUUUUAUUUUUGCAGAGGUUAAAAAAGCAACCUUCAGGUACAUAAAUGCCAUACCCCAAUAUCUGGGAGUCAAUCGUGGCUACUGGAAGUCCAUCGAAACCUGGAUAACUUCUCUAGUUAAAGAAAAAGAUCCAAUAAACAAAAUCAAACCAGUUUGGCGAACUCACGAUCAAAUCAAGGUUUGCACAGGGGUACUGGAGGAAGUGCAUGCCCUGAAACACAACCACAACAACAAUAUGAUACCUAUAUACCUUAUGAAUAAUAACAAAAUUCCCGUCCCCACGUGGAUGUACAAGACAGUAACCACUCUUUCCGGAACGCAGUUGGUAAUCCUAACCUACAACGACAAUAUUCGACCAAGUGAUUUGGAAAUAAAUAGGAUCUGCAAUACGACUGCCUGUCCUUCAGAACUCCCGACGAACAAAAGGAUUGUGGGGCACACUGUCUGCUGCAACCAUUACGAUUUCAUUUCACUAAACGCUGCACAUUUGACUGGUAUUUGCUGAUGCCGAAAUGUCUCUAGAAGUUUAGAAUGAGAACUUACUACCCAGUGCCGUAAACUUUCGCAUAUAAAAGUUUCUGUUUAAGCUAUAUAUUACGAUUUUAUCAAUAAAGGUUCCU